AUGAAGCCAUUUUUAAGAGUUACCGUCGUUGGAGCCGGGCUUUCUGGUCUCACGUCUGCCAUCGGCCUUCAGCGGUCCGGCCAUAAGGUAACAAUCCUCGAGAAGGCCUCGGAGUUGAAAGAGAUCGGGGCGGGUAUCAACAUCUCCCCUAAUGCAACGAAGGUCUUCCGAGAAUGGGGCUUGCUUGAACAGUUAGAAAAAAUUUGUAUCAAGCCAGUAUUAGCUGAAAUGCACUCAUGGUCGUCUGGCCAGCCGCUCUCGGCUACCGAACUUCAUCCAGCCUUCGAGAUAGAAUAUUCGACGCCGUACCUUGUCGCUCACCGCGCCGAUUUCCAGAAAUUUCUGGCCGAUGAAGCUCGAAAAUUGGGCGUUUCUAUCCGCCUUGGUUGUGCAGUUGAAAAAAUUGACAUUCCAUUAUCGACUAUCGUCCUUGGAAAUGGAGAGUUGAUAACCAGCGAUUUGAUACUUGGGGCCGAUGGCGAGCGUUCCAUCGUUCGUAGCAACCUGGAUGGAAACUGGAAUCUAAUGAAAGAUAGUGGCUAUGAUGUCUAUCGCUUUACCGUUCCUCGAUCAAGGGUUCUGGAGAAUCCUGACUUACUUCCAUUGAUUGAGCCAUAUAGCAUACGCAUGUGGGUCGGACCGGGGGCACAUAUGAUUUUGUAUCCUCUGGGAACCCAUGAUGCUUUAAAUGUGGUAUUCACACGGCAACAUGAUCCGGAGCGACCCAUGAUCAUCUAUCCCCAGCCUUUGACGAUAGAAGAAAUUCAAAGUGAUUUCAAAGGAUGGGAUCCGCGAUUGCACAAAAUCAUGGAGAUGGCUCCCCACUCCGGAAAGCGUACAAUGCUUUAUGCUGAUGAAUGCACUCGCUGGACCCAUGAAACCGGGCACUUAGCUUUGAUUGGCGAUGCGGCCCAUGCAGCUUUUCCUUAUAUGGCCCAAGGAGCGGCGAUGGGAAUUGAAGAUGCAGGAGUUCUAGGAACACUACUAGAGUACAUAAGGGACUUGCGUGAUCUACCAAAGCUUCUACGGACCUACGAAAGAAUCCGAAAGCCCCGUGCUCUUGAGGUCCGCCGUCGCAGUGAGGCUCUGAAAGAUGUAUACACACUUCCAGAUGGACCUCAGCAAGAGAAAAGAGAUAGAGCCCUGCUUCAUGAAAAGCCCCGUGGAGAAUGGGCUAACUUUCUGUCAGAUCCAGUCAUGAGGCCUUAUAUAUAUGGGUACGACGUUGUUUGCAUGACAAGGAAGGCCAUCUUGUUGUCUGAGGAUGAAUAA